ACAUGUCUUUAUUCUUUGGAGCAUGGAAUUCCUCUGAUUGCAUUCAGCCAGGAUCGCUGCUUGACAUUAUUUGACCACCCUCGUGUUGAAUCUCUUCACACAAUUUACAAGGAGCCAAAGGCCGAAAUCAUAUCAUCGGUUGAUCAACUUAUAUCUGAAGCUGACAUUCAGAAAAUGAUAUUCAUGGACACGACCAAGGGGGUCUCAUCUGUUAUCCGUCCGUACUGGUCAGAAGCUACAGGAGACCGUGCUGAUGUCGUUCAAGCUCAAUCAGAUAUGCUAGAGAUCGUCCCACCAAGAACCUCCAAAGGGAAGGGUGUGAAAAUGCUACUCGACCAUUUAGGCGUUUCACCAAAUGAGGUAAUGGCGAUUGGGGAUGGCGAAAAUGAUAUAGAGAUGCUUGAACUGGCGUCGUGGGGAGUUGCUAUGAGCAACGGUGCAGAAAAGACAAAGGCCGUGGCUGAUGUAAUCGGUGUGAGCAACGACGAAGACGGUGUUGCGGAUGCCAUUUACCGAUACGCCUUCUAA